CGAGAGGCGGAAAAUGGCGCGGACGUGAUCGCGACCCGGCAGCCGCCCAGGGAGUCGCCGCAGUCUCAGCCGGAGCUGCAGGAGCUGCGGGAACAAGAGGUGUAGUCGGGCCGAAGAUGGAGGAGGAACCCUCUGGGCCCAUCCCAGACAUGCUGGCCACUGCAGAGCCCAGCUCCAGUGAGACCAACAAGGAAGUAUUGUACCCAGUCGUGGGUGCUGCAGCCACCUCCUUCUCCAUGAGGGAGGAGUCAGGUCCUGAGCAGUCAGUCACACACCCAGUGUGGGAACGUGGAGGGCCUGGAGGGGCCCAGCAGGGUGCCUCCUCAGUCCCAGACAGUGGCCCACCUGGCCCUGGACCCAGCCUUGGCCCAACCAGCACAGUCUCCGGGACCAGUGAGGACCUGCGACCUCCCAGGCGACGCCCACCACCAGGAAAGCAGAUACCCUGCUCCAGUCCUGGCUGCUGCCUCAGUUUCCCAAGCGUUCGUGACUUGGCACAGCAUCUUCGUACCCACUGCCCACCCACACAGUCCCUGGAAGGCAAGCUCUUCCGCUGUUCUGCCUUGAGCUGCACCGAGACCUUUCCCAGCAUGCAGGAAUUGGUGGCACACGGCAAGCUGCACUACAAACCCAAUCGCUACUUCAAGUGUGAGAACUGCCUCCUGCGCUUCCGCACGCACCGCUCACUCUUCAAACAUCUGCAUGUUUGCGUUGAGCAUGCGCAGAGCCCAGUCCCGCCGCCACCCCCUGCGUUGGACAAGAGGCCAUCCGCGUCCGAGCGCCCCAGGGAGUUCGACUCUGCGUCGGCGCCGGGUUUGCAGUUCCCGCUGCUUGAGCCCUUCACAACCCCCGCCCCUGCCCCCACCGGGCCCUUCCUGCCCUACAUGAACCCUGCGUCCUUUGGCCUAAGUCCCCCGCGCCUGCGCCCCUUCCUGGCCGCCGCACCUGGGCUGCCGGCCUCCAGCGCCGCCAUCUGGAGAAAGAGCCAAGGUGCCGGUGGCAGUCCUCGAAGACCCCAGGGCGGCUCCGACGCGCCCUCAGGGCACGCGGCCCCAAGCCGCAUCUUGUGGGAGCACACGCGUGGCCGCUAUUCAUGCAUGCAGUGCGCCUUCUCCACGGCCUCGCGGCCCGCCAUGACCCUACACCUGGAGGACCACCGUCCCAUCGCCCUGGGCGCCAGGGCAGCCACGCCCCGAUGUCCCAGCGGACCCAGCCCGCUUGCAUCCAAGGUGUCGCUGCUGCUGUCAGAGGGGGAGUGUCCAGUUUUCUUGCCGCUCUAAACCCUGCCGAAUAGAGGGUGGGUCAUGAGGUGUGGGUAGUUUUGUAAUGUUAGGGGGGGGCCUGAAAUGAAUGGGGUGUGGGGACAAUAAAAGAGGCGCAAUGAACUGGCCU